CUGCACAUUUCGACGAAGGAAAGGAUCACCUCUUGGAGAUACCUCAUUCAAAAGCAAAACAAUCGAACUGCAGGCUGCGCCCUCGGCCGCCCUCCGUAGGACCAAGUGGGAACACAAUUUGUUGUGUCGAGCUUGUGUUUGCGCCGGGAUUUACCGGGGAACACUCGCCAUGGCUUCAGGACGCGAAAUGCCCAUUUUUCUUAAAGCCCAGCGCCGAGGCUACGAGGGAUUUAACGAAGAGACCGAGAGCAAUUGGAAUGGACCUUUCUAUUUCAUUCAAGGAGCCGAUCCUCAGCUUGGCCUCAUGAAGGCUUGGAGGUCCGGAGACUGUGACAGUGGGGGUGAUGAAUGGCAGGAAGAGGUCCAGCUCACAGGACAAACAGUGCAGGCCAUCAACAACCUGACUGUGAAACCCCGGUUCUUUGUACUCUGUGGAGAUCUGGUUCAUGGAAUGCCAGGUACUCUUUGGCACGAGGAGCAAAAACGUGACCUCAAGGAAGUGUUGAAAUGUACAGACGCUGAGGUGCCAUUGGUUUUUGUCAGUGGCAACCAUGACAUAGGCAACACCCCGACUGCGGACACUAUCCUGCAGUACUGCGAGAGCUGGGGCGAUGAUUACUUCAGCUUCUGGGUCGGCGGCGUCUUAUUCCUCGUGCUGAACUCCCAGUUUUUCCACGACGCCUCCAGUUGCCCCGAGUUAAAGCAAGCCCAUGACCAGUGGCUCAAUGCACAGCUCGCUGCAGCCGAGUGCAAGAAGAGCAAACACGUGAUUGUGUUCCAGCACAUCCCCCUCUUUCUCCAGGACCCUGACGAAGAAAAUGGAUAUUUUAACCUUGAAAAGUCUUUACGGCGAGAUCUUCUGCAGAGGUUUCAGAAAGCAGGUGUGAACGCAGUCUUCUCUGGCCACUACCAUCAGAACGCCGGUGGAAGGUUUAAUGACCUUGAUAUGGUGGUGACUUCGGCUAUAGGCUGCCAGCUGGGACAGGACAAGCAUGGUGUGCGGGUGGUAGCAGUGACGGAGGAGCAUAUCCAUCACAAGUACAUCAGUCUGGAUGAGCUGAACGAUGUUACAGUGGACGAGGUGCUGUCCUUCCCUACUGAAGUAAAUGCUCCAAAACCCCACCUACAAUGAAAGGUGGUGAGAAAGGGCACUCGUGGACCAUCAUGGCAUGAGUGACAUCAGUGGAUACAUGUGUACAUCUGCUGAAAGUUCAUAGAUUUAUCUUAAAAACAUUAUAUAAAAUCAGAGCUUCCAUACUGAGAUAAUUUUCAGACUCUUUAUGACUUUAUUUUUGCUAGCGUCUCUGUUAACUUCACGAUCUACACUCAGCUCUCUGUACAUAAGCUCAUAUAUUCUUGUCAUCGGUGCAGAACUAGGACAUUCGGCCCAUCGCGUCUACUCCGUCAUUCAAUCAUGGCUGAUCUACUAUCCCCUCUCAACCCCAUUCUCCCGCCUUCGCCCCAUAAUCCUUGACAUCCUCACCUAUCGAGAAACACCCUCACUAAUCGAGAAUACAAUCUGUCACACUCAGAGGUAUCCAAAUAAUUCAAGGAAAUAAGCAAGAACACCAAAACAACACAUAGUAAAAGUGGUAAUAAGGAUAUCGUUUUUGAAAUGUUCAGUGUUAGAUUAAUUAAUUAAAAAUCACAGCAAUUUUGUUUUUGGUACGAGCAGUGUGUAGGAAUCUAUUUCUGGUGCAACUUCACUAUCACUCCAGAAACCUCCCAUUGGACAGAGCUUCUAGUAAAUAUGUUGUUAUAUGCCCAAUUAGUGUGUUAAUUGGAUAUCGCUGUGGUUAUGAGGCAGCUCGAGCCAUUGUUACUUUCAUUUCAGACUGAUGCAAAUGCAAUGCAAAAAUAAAUCUCCAUAAUCUGUAAACCAUUCUAUGCGUGGAAAACAUGUCAGUGUCAAAAUUGGCACAGAAUCCCAUUGAUAUCGUGGCCUGUUGUCUCCGUAUAACCUUUUUUUUUGUCUUCUGGGCACUGACUGCCAAAUUGUCAAUGUAGCAAUGAUCAGUGGGUACAAACCGCCUUGGUAAAAGUCUACGUAGCAUUGAGAGUGUGCUGCCUCAUCAGAAAUGUCAAUGAAAUUGUCUACCUUCGAUUUUCCAGCAUCUGCAGUUCCUUCUUAAACACUUUGUCUACUCCACUGUGAAAUCUCCUCAAGGUAUGCCUACUUUGAAGUUCUCCUCCUCCCUCUGAAGACAGUUUUACAACCUCCUCUUUAACUGCCCCCCUCUGUGAUUCCCCCUUCCCUCCAACUCUAUGACCACAUCCUAACCCAGACUUGAUACCACAGCCACAUUUGCUUCCUCGGGAAAUGCCUGCGCCUCCAUCUCGUACCUCAUGGCUUCCAGCUCCACCUCCCUACCUCCCAGAUCGGACCCAAGCUGGACUAUCGAUACUGACUGGCUAUCUGCAGCCACACACAACAAUUCUCCCACCGGGCAUUGAGAUACCCCCCCAACCCUACAUCAGUCUGAAGAAGCGUUGCCUAUUUCCUUCGCUCCAUAGAUGCUGCUGCACCCGCUGAAUUUCUCCAGCACUUUUGUCUACCUUCGAUUUUCCAGCAUCUGCAGUUCCUUCUUAAACAAAAUACACAUUAUCUGGUCUUUCUUGGAUUGAUUUUCCCUCCACUCUUCUUUCAGUCUGAAGAAGGGUCUUGACCCGAAAUGUCACCUCUUCCUUUUUCUCCAGGGAAGCCGCCUUGACCUGCUGAGUUACUCCAGCACUUUGCAUCUAUCUUUGGUAUAUACCAGCAUCUGCAGCUCCUUUCAACACACUUUUUGGAGAAGUUUGCUAUGCGACUUCAAUACGGUAUCUGUAUUAUGAGUACAUUUCUGAGAUUAUGAAAUCAAUAAGUAAGCACGACAUUCCCAUAGUUCUUCAGUCUAAAAUGGCCUACUUCUUACUCUGAGACAUUUGCCUAAAUAACAUUAGACACUUGACAUUACCCGACUCACACUGGGGACAAUGUUACACUUCCACCAAGCCCAAUUAGUGGCCAAACCUGUGGGUCUUUGGAGCGUGGGAGGAAAUCGAAGAUCUCAGAGAAAACCCAUGUCGGUCACGGGGAGAACAUACAAACUCUGUAGAGACAGCACCCGUAGCCAGGAUCGAACCUGGGUCGCUGACACUGUAAAGAGC